GCCGCGCUGCCGGACAAACAUACAGGAUAUAAAUAUAAUAAAUAUACAAUAUCCGCGUCUGCAGCCGCGUCUGCAGCCGGGGGGGGGCGCAUCCGCGCCGCAUCCGCGCCGCCGCAGUUCAGGACCGAUCCCGCAUCCCAGCCCGCAUCCUGAUCCCGCAUCCCGUCCCGCAUCUGCUGCAGCAAAAAGGCCGAGAAUCUGCAGAGAAUCUGCAGAGAAUCUGCAGGAAACCGAGCAUGCAUCCCCGCUGAGGGCCAGUGAGGCCCCCAGGACCAGGACCAGGACCCGCACCAGGACCCGCACCCCCAGGAUCUCCACCCCCUCCCCGGCCAUGGCCUCCCUCCCCCGGAGCUCGGCUCCGCGGCCCCGGGCCCGCUGAUCAGCUGAUCCUCCGAUCAGCUGCGGGUUUAUUUAUUCUGCCGAGGAGCCCGUGAGCAGCAGCAGCCUGCGCGCAGGCGCACCGCGGUCUCCACUCAGGACACCGGGAGGAAACAUGUCUUCGAGGUCCGCGCUGCCCACCGGGGCCGGGCCGGACCGGGGGACCGGGCCGGACCGGGGGGCCGGAGAUCACCACGUCUCCCUGGGCUCCAGCCGCUCGGACAAGUCCACCAGCCAGUCCAGCCGCUCGCUGGGCGCUCGCUGCAGGAACUCCAUCGCCUCCUGCUCCGACGAGACGCCGCACAUCGGAAACUACCGCCUCCUCAAGACCAUCGGCAAGGGGAACUUCGCCAAGGUCAAGCUGGCGCGGCACAUCCUGACGGGAAAAGAGGUUGCAAUAAAAAUCAUUGACAAAACUCAGCUGAACCCGACGAGCCUUCAGAAGCUUUUCCGGGAGGUUCGAAUAAUGAAAGGCUUGAAUCACCCGAACAUCGUCCAGCUGUUCGAGGUGAUUGAGACGGACAAAACCCUUUACCUGGUGAUGGAGUACGCCAGCGGAGGGGAAGUGUUCGACUACCUCGUGUCUCAUGGGAGGAUGAAGGAAGUUGAAGCCAGAGCAAAGUUUAGACAGAUCGUCUCUGCCGUCCACUACUGCCACACCAAGAACAUCGUCCACCGAGACCUGAAGGCGGAGAACCUCCUCCUGGACGCCGACGCCCACAUCAAGAUCGCCGACUUCGGCUUCAGCAACGAGUUCACGCUGGGGAACAAGCUGGACACGUUCUGCGGCUCUCCGCCGUACGCCGCGCCGGAGCUGUUCCAGGGGAAGAAGUACGACGGGCCGGAGGUCGACGUGUGGAGUCUGGGCGUCAUCCUGUACACGCUGGUCAGCGGCUCGCUGCCCUUCGACGGCCAGAACCUCAAGGAGCUGAGGGAGCGUGUGCUGAGGGGAAAGUACCGCGUUCCCUUCUACAUGUCCACCGACUGCGAGGGAAUCCUGCGCCGGUUCCUGGUGCUGAACCCGACCAAGCGCUGCACGCUGGAGCAAGUCAUGAAGGACAAGUGGAUCAAUUCAGGGUACGAAGGGGAAGAUCUGAAGCCCCACAUAGAGCCGGUGGAGGACUACAGUGACCCGGCUCGUAUCGAGGUGAUGGUGGGAAUGGGCUUCACCUCAGAGGAAAUCAAAGACGCUCUGCUCAACCAGAAAUACAACGAGGUGACGGCCACGUACCUGCUGCUGGGCCGGAAAGGAGACGAGAGCAGCGACGCCCGGACCGCCAGCAGUCUGUCCCUGGCCCGGGUUCGGACCAACGCCAUCACCAACGGAACCAACAAGCACUCGUCGGCCACCGGCUCGUCCUCGUCCUCCACCUCGUCCUCGCACAGCAAGACGCAGCGCAGCACGUCCACGUACCACCGGCAGAGAAGACACAGCGACUUCUGCGGGCCCUCCAUGCCCGUCAUGCAGCCCAAGCGCAGCCCGACCAGCGCCGGCGAGCGGGAGCUGCGCGAGGGCCGGAUGCCGUCCAGGAAAGCUAGCUGCAGCGUGAUGGGUAGCCACAGCCUGCCGCCCUCUAGCCCCAUGGUUAGCAGCGCUAACAACCCCAACAAGUCGGAGAUCCCCGACCGCCGCAAGGACAUGACGGCUACCACGAAUAACAUCCCCGGCAGCACCAUGACGCGCCGCAACACCUACGUUUGCACGGACCGAUCCGGCGCCGACCGGCACUCGCUUCUGCAGAACGGCAAAGACAACAGCUCUCUGGGCCACCGUCUCCCAGCAGCCUCUCCUUCCACCCUCAGCAUGGCCGGAGCCGGAGCUGCUUCCUCGUCCUCGUCCUCGGACCGGUGCCGCCUCACCAGGGGCUCCACCAUCCGCAGCACCUUCCACGGGGGCCAGCUGAGGGACCGGGGCCCCCCGGUCUACUCCGGCCCCCCCACGUCCCCCACGCUGUCCCACCACGAAGCCAGUCCUCUCCCCCACGCCCGGACCCGGGCCACGUCCAACAUCUUCACCAAGCUGACCUCCAAGCUCACCCGCAGGGUCACAAAUGAAUCUGAGGGAAUCAGGAGAUUUGCGGUCACAAGUUGCCAUUUACCUGGGUAUCAAAAAGCGUCCGAGCCCCGGGCCGCCGGACGUGGCCGGGAUCUGAGGGCCGGGCGGCGCUGGGACCCGUCGGAGGCGGUCCUGGCCCGGCGGGACCCGUCGGAGGUGGUUCUGGCUCUGCGCGAGGCGGCGCUGGGCUGCGGCUGCCUGGUCCACCACUCCGGCCCGUUCCUGCUGUCCUGCAGCCACGGCGGCGGCGGCGUGGCGGCGGGCCGCGUGGCCUUCGAGGCCGAGGUGUGCCACCUCUCCGCCGGCACCGCCGGCACUGCCGGCACCGCCCAGACCUCCAACGGCGUCCGCUACACCCGACUCUGGGGGGCGCCGCUCGCCUUCCGGGACAUCGCCACCCAAAUCUCUAAGGACCUGGAACUAUGAGGGGGGGCGGCGUUGCUAGGAUACGAGCGUUUCCACGGAGAUGGAUGGAGGAAAUGAAACACACACACACACACACACACACACACACACACACACACACACACACUAGGGAUGCAGCGGUUCUCGGUAUAAAACCGAACCGUUCGGUUCUCCCUCCACGGUUCAAUACGCCCAUGUGUGCCGCGGAUUUUCGGUUUUGCCGUUAAUUUUGCACUAAUGCUUUACAAUCCGCGUGUUUUUGUGCCUGUCAGCUGCAGAACAGCUCCGCGAGUCACUGCUGUAGCUCCGCCCACUCCCCCUCGUAGCUCCGCCCACUCACCCCUCACACAGAGCAGACACGGAGCGGGGGAGUUGAGAGAAAAAAGUUCGAAGAAGCGCCGGCUUCAUUCAAAUCUCCGGUGGCAUCAUUUCGGUUUCGCUGUUGAUUACAACGACGGUGGAGUGAAAACUGUUAACAAAGCUUUUACUGUCUGUAAUGAUUGCUUGAGACCGGCUGGUGGAAGAUCAGAGUCUCCGCCUGGUCAGUGAAACGUUUCACUGACCGGCGGAGACGGCUCUGAUCGGGCCGGUUUAUUACAGGAAGGAAAUAAACAGCUUUACAGUCUUAAACAAACGCAGACUCCAACUCUAACGUCUCGGGAAAACUCUCCAACAACUUAAAUUAUAACACCUGAAGAACUCGGGGUUCAGCCUCCCUCCCUCUGCCACCACCGCUCCUUCAUGACAUCACGUGCAUUACUGUGACCGGCAGAGACGAGAGAAUUCAGGCUGAUCUCCCCAACUUUGUAACGGUCCCAUAUCAGGGUCGCUACAAUAUUUUGUAAUAAUUAUAAUUAUAAUAAUUUACAAUAUUUUCGCGGAGUGAAACCGUCCGGUUCACGCCCCCGGGUCGUCCAUAUAUUUCUGAUAAUGUACCUCGUCGGGCAUUUUCCCAUAUGUAUUUAGUAGUGUAUUCUUAAGUUACUGUACUGAGUUGUCAAGAUUAAGAGGCUGUUGACAAUGAAGAAUUAUAGUAAUUUACAUUUUGAAAAGUGACAAGAGAAAUAAACAGAUAAUUUUGGAAAAAAAAGCUCUCUCUCAUGCACAUAAAGGCUGAUUUAUGGUUCCUCGUUACACCAACGCAGAGCCUACGGCGUAGGGUACGCGGCGACGCGCAACGUACGCCGUAGGCUCUGCGUUGGUGUGACGAGGAACCAUAAUUCAGGUUUAACUUAAACCCAAACCGAACCGAAACCGAACCAAAACCGUGGCCCAAAAACUGAACCGUGGGCUACCUGAACCGUUGCACCCCUAAUAUAUAUAUAUAUUUAUAUAUAUAUACACAUAUAUAUUUAUACACACACACACACACACACACACACACACACACACACACACACACACACACACACUGACUAGCUAAGGGGCUGGACCCAGAAUAAAAAAGAACAAUCCUUUCCUUCUGUCUCUUACCAGGAAACCCCAACACUCACACACACUCUCACACACACUCUCACACACACACACACACACACACUCACACACACACACACACACUCCUGACCUUUGACCCAGACUGAAGCCCCGCCCCCUCCUGAAGCCCCGCCCCCUCCACCUAUCAAACUUCUCCACCGAGCUGCAGGAUCUGGAUCUGGAUCAGAAAAGCUACGUCAGUAUUUUUAACUUAGCCAUAAAGACUCUUCAUUUAUUUAUUUAUUAUUCUGCUCUGAAGGUUGUUGUUUCUUUAUUUUUAAAUCAACUGUCAUCAGUUUCACCACCACAGAAGAAGAACGUUGUCCAACAUCAGUGACCGACCCGUUCCAUUUAUAAGUUAAACUCCAAACACUUCCUGUUCAAUUCUUCACCGACGAUGAUCUGGUUUACGUCACCGUUUCCUGAAAAUGUCAUAAAUUUUUCACUUAACUCAAUCGAAACUGUAAUAAAACCCAAUAAUGUAAUAACUUCAGCAAUAAUGUAAUAAAACAUCCUGACGGAUAUUGUAAUAACAUUUUUACUGAUAAUUUAACACCUUAAUACGUUAUUGGGAAUUUAUUACAUGGAACUCAAAGUCUGUAAUUUAACCCAAUAUUCUAUUUCAUAUAAAACAUUCUUAGAUAUUUAAAACACAAAAUGUAGAACUCUGGACUGAAAAUGAACAUAUACCGUAUUGGUCUGAAUAUAAGACGGUGUUUUUUUCAUUGAAAUCAGAGUGAAAAAGUGUGGGUCGUCUUACAUUCGGGGUCUAGACGUUAUACCCAUUUACACCACUAGAUGGCGCCUUUAUCUUUAAAGCCAAUGCUGAACUUAACUCCCCAGAACAAAGUGAACCCCUGUCACGAAGAAGAAAAAUAAAAAAUAGCAGUAAGAAAGAAAAGAGAAGAAAAUAAGAGAAGAGUUAACAGAAAGUGGAGAAACGUAGCGACAAUCUGGAGAAAAGUGGGUGGAAGUUCGGCAGGUGAACCGGCAGCUGAGGAGAAGUUAUGAUGCAAACUUCAACAUGCAAAAUAACAGGCUUUUUCUCUCGAAUAUAUUGUUAUAAUCAUUUGUUUCAGAUGUACUGUAAUUAUUUUCUGUAUAAAAAUUGAAUUUGGUGUUCAAAAAGUCUUUUUUCAAACUUGAGUCUUGAAAAAGAGAGUCAUCUUAUAAUCAGGGUCGUCUUAUAUUCAGGACAAUACGGUAUAUUACAUUAUCUGUCACGUAUUACAUUAUCAGUUUUGGAGGAAAAAAAGACCAAUAAUGUAAUAAGGUGUUACAUUAUCGGUAAAAAUGUUAUUACAAUAUCAGUCAGGAUAUUUUAUUACAUUAUUGGUGAAGUUAUUACUAUAUAAAGUCAUGCUAGCCAAUCAGAAUCCUGGAAGAAAAUAUCAACAAAUGACAUGAGUAACUUCCAGUUUGACAUUUUGACUUUUUUCUCAAAAUUUCGACUUUUUUCUCAAAGUUUCGACUUUUUUCUCUGCUUUUUUCUCAAUAUUUCAACUUUUUCUCAAAAUUUUGACUUUUUUCUCAAAAUUUCGACUCUUUCUCAAAAUUUUGACUUUUUUCUCAAAAUUUAGACUCUUUCUCAAAAUUUCGACUUUUUUCUCAAAAUCUUGACUUUUUUUCUCAAAAUUUCGACUUUUUCUCAAUAUUUCGACUAUUUCUCAAAAUUUCGACUCUUUCCUCAAAAUUACAUUAUUGGAUUUUAUUACAUUUUCGAUUGAGUUAAGUGCAAAUUUUAUUACAUUAUAGGAAAUAAUUACAUUAUUGGGAGCUACAGUCCUCAAAUUCUGGCGUCUUUCAAGGUGCAAAGAGAAGAAUAUAACGCCUUUAAAACCAGAUCCCCGUCCAAACACGAACCUUGUGAAUCGGAUGUUUUUACUUCUCCACCUUUAGUAACGGACACUUCUCCACCUUUAGUAACGGACACUUCUCCACCUUUAGUAACAGACACGUCUUCACCUUUAGCUAACGGGCACUUCUCCACCUUUAGUAACGGACACUUCUCCACCUUUAGUAACGGACACUUCUCCACCUUUAGUAACAGACACUUCUCCACCUUUAGUAACGGACACUUCUCCACCUUUAGUAACGGACACUUCUCCACCUUUAGUAACGGACACUUCUCCACCUUUAGCUAACGGACACUUCUCCACCUUUAGUAACGGACACUUCUCCACCUUUAGCUAACGGACACUUUUCCACCUUUAGUAACGGACACUUCUCCACCUUUAGCUAACGGACACUUUUCCACCUUUAGUAACGGACACUUCUCCACCUUUAGUAACGGACACUUCUCCACCUUUAGUAACGGACACUUCUCCACCUUUAGCUAACAGACACUUCUCCACCUUUAGUAACGGACACUUCUCCACCUUUAGUAAUGGACACUUCUCCACCUUUAGUAACGGACACUUCUCCACCUUUAGUAAUAGACACUUCUCCACCUUUAGCUAACGGACACUUCUUCACCUUUAGCUAACGGACACUUCUCCACCUUUAGUAACGGACACUUCUCCACCUUUAGUAAUAGACACUUCUCCACCUUUAGUUAACGGACACUUCUCCACCUUUAGUAACGGACACUUCUUCACCUUUAGCUAACGGACACUUCUCCACCUUUAGCUAACGGACACUUCUUCACCUUUAGCUAACGGACACUUCUCCACCUUUAGUAACGGACACUUCUCCACCUUUAGCUAACGGACACUUCUUCACCUUUAGUAACAGACACUUCUCCACCUUUAGUAACAGACACUUCUCCACCUUUAGUAACGGACACUUCUCCACCUUUAGUAACGGACACUUCUCCACCUUUAGUAACAGACACUUCUCCACCUUUAGUAACAGACACUUCUCCACCUUUAGCUAACGGACACUUCUUCACCUUUAGUAACGGACACUUCUCCACCUUUAGCUAACGGACACUUCUCCACCUUUAGUAACGGACACUUCUUCACCUUUAGCUAACGGACACUUCUCCACCUUUAGCUAACGGACACUUCUUCACCUUUAGCUAACGGACACUUCUCCACCUUUAGUAACGGACACUUCUCCACCUUUAGCUAACGGACACUUCUCCACCUUUAGUAACGGACACUUCUCCACCUUUAGUAACGGACACUUCUCCACCUUUAGUAACGGACACUUCUCCACCUUUAGUAACGGACACUUCUCCACCUUUAGUAACGGACACUUCUCCACUUUUAGCUAACAGACACUUCUCCACCUCUUUCUUUUCUAACUGCACCGUAAAUUAACUGCUUUGUCUCUUACUGAUUGAUUGAUUGAUUGAUUGAUUGAUUGAUUGAUUGAUUGAUUGAUUGAUUGAUUGAUUGAUUGAUUGAUUGAUUGAUUGAUUGAUUGAUUGAUUGAUUGAUUGAUUGAUUGAUUGAUUGAUUCUGGGUGUGAACAGGAAGUGGUUGUGUUUCCAGAAAGGCAGUUGUGGACGCUGUUUUAUUCUCGUUAGUCCGGUUGCCUUCACAGUGAAAGCCCCAGCGCCUUCAUACAGUUACAUAUUUAUUGUACUAAACAUAAAAACCUUCAGAAUCUUUCUAACUCCCUCCUGUUUCUAGUGAAAACGUACUGUGAUUUCUGCGUAGCUAAAGAGGUCGUAUCGUUUGGCUGCUGAUUUACUGUUAAUAAUAACUCUCAGUUGUGGCUUUACUCAUGGUGACCUCACCCCCAAAACUGUUCCCAAAACUGUUCCCAAACGUCCCAAAACUGUUCCCAAACAUCCCAAACCCCAAAACUGUUCCCAAACAUCCCAAAACUGUUCCCAAACAUCCCCAAACCCCAAAACUGUUCCCAAACACCCCAAAACUGUUCCCAAACACCCCAAAACUGUUCCCAAACAUCCCAAAACUGUUCCCAAACAUCCCCAAACCCCAACACUGUUCCCAAACAUCCCAAAACUGUUCCCAAAACUGUUCCCAAACAUCCCAAAACUUCCCAAACAUCCCAAAACUGUUCCCAAACAUCCCCAAACCCCAAAACUGUUCCCAAACAUCCCAAAACUGUUCCCAAAACUGUUCCCAAACAUCCCAAAACUGUUCCCAAACAUCCCCAAACCCCAAAACUGUUCCCAAACAUCCCAAAACCGUUCCCAAAACUGUUCCCAAACAUCCCAAAACUGUUCCCAAACAUCCCCAACCCCCAAAACUGUUCCCAAACAUCCCAAAACUGUUCCCAAAACUGUUCCCAAACAUCCCAAAACUGUUCCCAAACAUCCCAAAACUGUUCCCAAACACCCCAAAACUCCCAAAACUGUUCCCAAACAUCCCAAAACUGUUCCCAAACACCACAAACUCUCCUCACCCCCAAAACUGUUCCCAAAACUGUUCCCAAACAUCCCAAAACCCUAAAACUGUUCCCAAACAUCCCAAAACUGUUCCCAAACACCCCAAAACUGUUCCCAAACACCCCAAAACUGUUCCCAAACAUCCCAAACUCUCCUCAACCCCAAAACUGUUCCCAAACACCCCAAACAUCCCAAAACUGUUCCCAAACAUCCCAAAACUGUUUGCAACAUCCCAAAACUGUUCCCAAACAUCCCAAACUCUCCUCAACCCCCAAACUGUUCCCAAAACUGUUCCCAAACAUCCCAAAACUGUUCCCAAACUGUUCCCAAACAUCCCAAACUCUCCUCAACCCCAAAACUGUUCCCAAAGCCGUUCCCAAUCAUCCCAAACAUCCCAAUACUGUUCCCAAACAUCCCAAAACUGUUCCCAAACAUCCCCAAACUGUUCCCAAACAUCCCCAAACCCCAAAACUGUUCCCAAACAUCCCAAAACUGUUCCCAAACAUCCCAAACUCUCCACAUUCCUACGUUUACCAGGAAUGCUAACGUUAUCGGACCGCACCGCCUUCACUCGCACCAACAACUUUUUCUAUCGUCACGAAUUGAUGAGCGUUUUGUCUUCGUUUCCUAAAGAGUUAGGAGGGAAUUCAUGGAAAUCCUGCACUUGGUGACAAGUUUUUGGUAUUUGGCAUGUUCGUUAUGGACAUAAGGUUUUCAAAAACCACCGCAAACAAACUGGGAAAUCGCCCCCUAGUGGCCGGUUUGCAGGAAAACUUUAUUCUCGAAAUUUCGACUUUAUUCACGAAAUUUCGACAUAUUUCUCGAAGUGCACAAUAAAAACAAAUCUUCUCCUCUCAAAUAUUUCUUCUCCUGCCUGGCCCUGAUUUUCUCCCGUAAGAAACAAAAACCACAGCAAACUAACUGGGAAAUCGCCCCCUAGUGGCCGGUUUAAAGAACAUUCUAAAUGUGUGUCAUUUGAAUAAAAUCCUAUUGUUUCAUUGUGACUUAGUUCUGAGGUUCAUCUUCAGCCUGAAUGAAUGAAUGAAUGAAUGAAUGAAUGAAUGAAUGAAUGAAUGAAUGAAUGAAUGAAUGAAUGAAUGAAUGAAUGAAUGAAUGAAGGAAUGAAUGAAUGAAUGAAUGAAUGAAGCCACUGUUCUCACUCAAUCAGAUUAUUUCACUACAGUGACAGUGUCCGGUCCAAUAAACAGAAAUCUGCAUUUCCUUGGGGGUGAAAAUAUGGGUCUAGAUCCAAAUAUAAUCUUUCUAUGUGACUUCAUUCUAGAGUUUUUUGGACAAAAAAUGACCUUGAAAAUGAAAUUUGACCUUGAAAUAGGAAAUGUAUCUCAGGAUUGAAUUCCUAGCACCAAAAAAAGUAGAGAAAGUAACAAUAUACAACAAUCUAGGACUGAGAGAAGCUGAGAUUUGACCUUUGGAGACAUUUUGAAUUUUCUGCAAACCGGCCACUAGGGGGCGACCUUCAUAAGGACACAUAAGAACACAUAAAACACUUAAGAAUAAAAACAAUAAAUACGUAAAACAUUAAAUAAAACAGGCUUCAUGUUAUUUGAGCAGGUCACACACUUGAUUGUCUUUUAACUGUGAUUUUAACACAGUUUUAAAUGAAUAUGUGUCAUUGUUUCUGAUUAGUGUUGGCAGACGGUUCCAUGUUUCCACUAGGGGGCGACACCAAACCGGCCACUAGGGGGCGUCACAGUUUGUUUGAUGGUUUUUGAAAACCUUAUGUCCAUAAUUAACAUGCCAAAUAUCAAAAACUUGUCACCAAGUGCACAAUCUUUGUGAUUUUUGAUGAUUUCCUCCCAGCUAAGACGGAAACGGAUCAUUCACUUUCCCACAUCGUUUUCUCUCCGUCCGGUCGGUGUUUCUGUUUCACCAACGAGGACGUCAGGACUCCGUCCUCGUACUCGUCCUCUCCCUGGACGGUUCUCAUUGUGGUGUAUAUUAGAUAUUAAUAAUAAUAUAAACCUCAAUGCACUUUUCUUUGACUUGAAUCCGCUCCGUCCAGUGAAACCUGUAAAUGUCCAGAACUCGUCACUGGAGGCGCCGACGUCUUAAAUGUGAAAAACACUUCAAUUUGUGGAUAUUUGCACAGGUACUUUAUUUAUUUUUUAGAAUAAUAAUAUUUAAAAAAAAAACUGGAUUUAUAUCAGUCACUUGAUGACUGUAUAUAAAAUAUAUGAAUAUAGUAUAUAUCUUAGAGUUCAAGGUUUAUUUAUAGCUAGAGCAAAGGGAAGUAAAACUAGAGGAAAUCAGUUUCUGUCAGUGACGACGGGGAACGACCUGCAAUCCUGCAUGAAAACGUUUGGGUUUUAGAGAAAUUUAAACGUGAUGCACAGCUCAGAUUGGAGAUUUUAUGAAACAAACACUGUCCGUCUGUCGGCAUGAACUUGGAUGAAGCGCCAGAUUUUUAUCCCCCGUCACAAACACGAAGAGAAGUUACCGCAGCUACUAGAGGAUAGAAAUCUAACUUCAAUUUAACUGGAAUUUAUCCUGAUGUUAAAAACCCAGGGUUGCAAUCAAGCCAUGAAAAAAUAAAUGAUGUUACUGUCUGAUGAUCUCAAAUAUUGAUCUGGUUGUUUUCUGAGAAUUUGAGCAGAAAUGUUUGAUGUAAGAUGGAAUAAAAGACAAUUAUUAGUCGUUAAACUCAAUCUUCAAGUGUGUGAUGGAUGAACGUCGUCUACUGUGAAAGAUUCUUGGGUUUUGAUGAUUUUUGCCGCAGGAAUGUUAGCAUACGCAGUAUUAGCACCAGGGGGUUCAGUAUUAAACCUGCACCAUUUUUCUUUUGGAAACAGUUGAUGCUCAAUGGGAAAGAAAGUGAAGACGACACAGUUGGACUUGUACGAGUGAUUUUUACCCAGUUCUGCUGUUAAAUUCCUUCCCCAGUUAAACUGUAAACUGAGACUGAGUGGUUGUGGUUUCUGAGGAGAACAUGAAGCUAAAGAUGAAUAAACUUCACUAAUGUUGGCA